AUGUCCACGUUCAACGGGAUCGUGUCCGAGUUUCCAGACAUCAGAAUUGACUUCUUCCGACAACGCGAUGAUGCCCAACCUCCCCUAGCUUGCUUCUUGAGCCAUGUCCACAGUGAUCACCUGGCUGGCCUGGAGACUCUGCGAUCGCCCUUUGUUUACUGCUCUGCAGCUACUAGGGAGAUCCUCCUCCGACUAGAAAGGUACCCUUGCCGAGUCAACUACGCCAAGGGCAUCCUGGAAGCAUCAAAGCAAACCUACAAGCACCUUUCCAAGGUCCUGAAACCAUUACCAUUGGAUACGCCUACCACGAUCGAGCUCCGUCCCGGUUGUCACAUCCAAGUGACAUUAUUUGAUGCCAAUCACUGCCCUGGAGCGGUCAUGUUCUUGCUUGAAGGCAAUGGUAAAGCCGUCCUUUACACUGGCGACAUUCGAAGCGAGCCGUGGUUUGUCAACACCAUAGCACGAAGCCCCAUUCUCGUCGAAUAUACCUCGGGCAUCAAAACCCUGGAUAAAAUCUACCUCGAUACGUCCUUCCUCGAUGACAUUCCCUUCCAGACAAAAGCGGAAGGAAUCGCGGAGCUCCUCCGAAAGGUUGCUCGAUACCCCGACGACACCGUGUUCCAUUUCCAAGCUUGGACUUACGGGUAUGAAGACGUCUGGGUUGCUUUAUCCAAGGCCCUAAAGUCACCAAUCCAUGUCGAUGACUACAAGCUUCGCAUCUACGGCUCUCUGAAGACGCGUCCAUCGGAAGCUCGGUUCAGCAGCGACUACCACUUGACACCAGAAUCCCCAGCGCUUACAGGGUACAUGUGCGGCAACGCUUCGCAUCCCGGAUGCUUGACCGCGGAUAAGGCCGUUCGCCUUCACAGUUGUGAGAAAGGCAACAUGUGCGAGGUUGCUCGGGAUCCAUCCACUGUCAUCAUCCAGCCUGUCAUCGCCCGUAUAGCAAAUGGAGAGACUUUGGUUGAAGUUGGCGUUGGUGGCGGUGGGGAUGACCUGCAACGAGAGGCAGAGUUAGAUUUCUUGGAUCAACUCGACCUCAACGCUCUACUAGACCUGCUCUGGUCGUCUGAUGGCCUGUCAGCAGAGGCGCGCGAAAGUCUUAAGGAGGCUUUAACACGGGCAACUUUAACAGGUCGAAACAUUCAUCUCAACCAAGGCAUUGCCUCCCUUGAUGGCGAGCAUUCAGUGCAAGAAGCUAUCAUCAAUGCUAUCAAAAAAAUUUCCGCCACUUCCCAGCCAGUCAUGGAAGAAGAUCAGUCGGAGCAAAUCCCCCUACCUAAGAUCAUUCAAUUUCCCUACUCAAGGCACUCAUCCUAUCCUGAGCUUUGUCAACUAGUGAAGGUGUUUCGGCCGAAAGAUGUUUGGCCGUGCACGGUAAAUCCUACAGAGUGGCUCAAAGAGGGAAUCAGCAUCACGUCACUCUUUGGACAAUUUUGUUCAGGAAAUGAGUUUGCCCACGAAAUCGAGAUGCAAGAGUUUGCAGAGAGACAUGGUCCAAUCAAUCAUGCUAAGAGCCAAACUACGACCGAUUCGCUACCAAAAACUCCACCUCCCAUGAUUUAUCGAAUUCCAGAUAAUGCUUCAGGCUCCCAUGGAGCUCAUUCCUCCCCGCAUUCUCUCCCCGACCCUGAAACACUUGUCAGCCCUCUGACAGUUACCCAACCCCGGGCUGAGCUCGAAGGAAUUCAAGACGAGGAUGAGGUUGAGCUGGCAGCCAACUCCUCCUUCAAUCCAUCCUCUGUACACAAGCGAUCUUUUGACACAUUUGCGGGUGAGAACUUGGUGGACUUUGGGUUGGACCAGGUUGCCCCAUCUCAGGCUACGGAAUCUUUCAGUUCGACAAUAUCGGUCCGAGAUUCCACGGCUCGUUGGCACGCGUACUAUCAAAUGCUCGACAAUGUAACUACGGACACCUGGAACCCGAUUGAACUGAUAUCGACGAGCGACGAGCAUACGGUCAUGGAUCAGGAACUUUGA